AUGGCGUUCUCCCAAUCACGAAGACAGUCCACGAUGCGGCCUCCGGAGCCUCCCGGUAGCGCUCGCUCUGCUAUUCCUAUGCCCAUGCCUACUCCAUUAGCAAAGCCGCAGAAUAGUAAACGAAUGUCUUUGGCCGGCCCUGCCCUACGAAACGCGAUGCUCCCGCCACAAAUCCCAGGCUCUGUACAACAAGGGGGAGCAAUGUACAAAUCGCAUAAUAUGAAUCCUCUGCUCAUGAGUACUUCAAAGGCUGGAGUAGGUCGGACACCAGCAGGUAAUCGACGCGGUUCGAUGUGGCAAGGAGGCGCGACGCCGGCACCUGCAGCUCUCACCACACGUGAUACCCGACCUUUGCGUGACCGAACGUAUCAGCUUGAGAUGCGCAAGGAGACCGCAGCGUGGUUGAACGAGACAGGUUGCCCAUGUACUGCCCAGACGCUUGCCAAUAUCACAGCCAAGGACUUCAAGACUGUAUUUCAGCAUCUCAUCCUACUCCUUGACCCGAACUAUCCGUUCGAUGCAAAUGCAAAGCUCGAAGAGGACUUCAUUCCGGCAUUGAAGGCGAUGGUAUACCCACACGUCAAUCAACUGGACGUUAAAUGGCUCGUCACGCCUGCGAGUAUGCAUGCCUGGCCAUCUCUACUUGGCGUUCUUCACUGGCUCGUCGAGAUGGGUAAGGUUAAGUUGAACUACAUGGAGAGCCAUCAUCCGACUCUACAGGACUCGAAAGAUGUCCCUGAAGAGUUCAGCGACCCUCACCAUCAUCGUGCACUUGCCAUGGACUUCAUGAUAGACGCCUACGAUGUUUUCCUCGCCGGAUCGGACAGUUUCGAAUCCCAGAAGCAGGCUCUCGAGGCGCGUUACGAGCUUAACGACAGGCGCAUCAAGGACGAGAUUCUGGAGCUUAAGGCGGAAUACAAGGCGUCCAAGUCCAAGCUGAAAGAGCUCAAGAACUCUCCGGCGCCAAUCGAGAAGAUUAAGGCUGAGAAUGUUGCCCUGAAACGUGAUGAGGCGAAGGGUAAUGAGGUUAUGAAGCGCUGGGAGGAACGCAAGAUCGCCCUGGUUGACUCUAUUGCGAAGCUGAAAGCGGGAAACGAGGCUAUACGCGCUGAACUGCAGAAGCUUCGCGAACAAGAAGAGGAAGUCAACCGCGUCGUGAAGACGCAGAACCUCUCCGUCGAGGAAGUCGUGCGCAUGAACACCGAGUACGAGACGUUAGAACGUAACCUGGGCGACCUCAAGAACAAGAUCGGUGACGCGCGGAAAACGCUUUCCACGCUCGAGAUCACUGUCGCCAACCGUACCGCUACCACCGAAGACAUCAUGGACAAGUACAACCGCGAACUCGCCGGGCUUGGGUUCCUGCCGACGCUACCGCCGCCGUAUGAGGAUAUGGACAUCAGUCUCCGGCUCAAUCCAGCCGCCUCAAACCCUCAGGAUCUCUUACGUGGCUUGAACAUCCGCGGAAAGAUCAGGCCGACGCUCGCGGCUAUCUCGCAGGCGAAGAGGGUCGAAAGCAGUGCCGUUGAGAACGAGCGCAUGCAAACCGACCACGAAAUUGACCAGGUCGUGGCGGCGUGCGAACAACUGGAGAUCAGAAUUCUCAGCCUCUCGAAGGACAUCUCCGCGCGUGAAGAGCAGACGAACGAGCUCCGAGAUGAGAUACAGCGGGUCAUGCUGUCUAGUAGCGACGAGAUUACACGUCUCGAGGGCGAGAUCGCUCGAGCCAGCAAUCAAGGCAACAUGCACAAGCUAGGAGCUAGUCAACACCUACAGGCUGUGGAGAUCGCAUUCCGCGAGCAAGUUGACAAGCUUGAGAAGGCUAAAGUCGAGCUCAUGCGCGAGAUGCUCCAAAGCGCCAGCGAGAUCGUCGCGUUCAAGGAAGAGGUCUCGCAGAACCUUCAGUAUCUGCUGGACACUGCCGAAAGCACGCAGGUAUCAGCACGAGAAAGUGUGCGCAAGAGUAAUAUUGACUCUGCUGCGGGGGGACAAACAAUCUUGCCGGCGGCAAGUCACUGUGUGGCGGCGAUUGUCAAACUUGCGAUAUCCGAAGCCUCGUUUGGGGCAACAUUUUUCGAGGCCGUGUAUACUGUUCACGCGCUUUCCGACUCGGCGCCGCUCUUUGUGGGUAUGGCGCCCGCGUUCAAGGCAUCUCGGGAUGGCUUGAGAAAGCGCGAACAGUCGGCUAGACCGGGACCGCAGUACUGUGGUACCCAAAGGGACGACAUAUUCAAUAUGGCUCGUACUUUACACAUGGGUAUCAUGUAUGAUGGGCAGUGUGUGGCACUCUCGCCGGACGGCUAUGCCGAUGAAACACAGUUUUUGAAAGCGGUCCGGAUGAGCCUGUACUCGCAGGGCUCAGCCCUGGUUGGUCGUGAGCUGCCUUCUCGGGACAGCUCCACACGCUGUUACCAUUCCGCCCGUUAUGGCGCUUCCACACUUGUGGUAAGCUUAUGGCGCAUUUUUAACGGAUAUAUCUUGGACCGCAUACGAGUCGCGCUCGAUUCAAGUGUGGCGUUGAAAGCCAUCGGCAUUCCUUCAGCGACAUGGGCAUCCCGGGCGGGCGAACACUGUACGACGAACGCACAAUUGAAGCCAUCAAUCAAUGGCCUUACCCGUGGGAAAGGCUUGUCCAGCCUGUACUGGACGCUGCGUACGUAG